UGCAAUGUUUUAUGUACACACAUAUCAAUGACGUUGAACACACGCACACUCCUCAUGCCUUUGUAGUAGUAAACAUGGCGAUAGAUCUCUCUACCAACCGGGAUUCAUUACUAGAAGCCUACAAGGACGUCGCAAACGAUAAAACCAACACCAACUGGGCCUUAUUUGGAUAUGUAGGGACGUCUGAUGUUUUGAAAGUGGUUGAAAGAGGCUCUGAUGGCAUCGAAGAAUUAGUUGAUGAGGUCAACAGCAGCAAGGUCCAGUAUGCCUACUGUCGAGUUAAAGAUCCAAACACAGAUCUCCCAAAAUAUGUCCUUAUCAACUGGGUAAGAACUUUUCUCAGUUUGGAAAAUUAUAGUUCAGUAUACCAGAAAACUUAUGCCAAGAAGGAUAUCAACACAAAAAAGCGAGAUGAAUUCUGGGCAAAAACUGAGGAAGAAGAAAAGAAACGUCAACAAGAGGAUCGAGACAGGUUAGUGAAGGAGAAAGACAAACUUGAACAAGAUCGGAAGAAACGAGAGGUUUGUGUGUUUGGAUGUUUUACACCAAUAAGAUAG